AUGCUUAGUUUCAAAUCAUUACUUGAACCUGAUUUGCUGGUAGAUCCAUUAGAAAUGGCCAGAAAAUUACGAUUAUCUUUUCUGCUCGGCACCAUGGUUCCUCGACCAUACCACUGUCAAGUCAACAAACAAGUGUACGAGUACGAAGGACACAAGGCAGAAGCGUAUUGGAUUAAUCACCAUGCUGGAAAAGAACAAAGAAAUACAGAUCAGAUUGUCAUCUACUUGCAUGGUGGAGCCUAUGUAAGGGGUGACAUUAACGGUUUUAGUGGACUCGAGUGUCAUUUGUCUCGUCUUUUCAAUAUGUCUUUGCUCCAUUUGGAAUAUCGUCUCGUCCCGGAACAUCCACUGCCAGCAGCUGUCGACGAUACACUCGCACUUUAUCGUGCUCUUCUUCAUGAUGGUAUCUCUUCUUCUCGUCUCAUAAUUAUGGGAGAUUCAGCCGGUGGUGGUCUUACUUUAUUGACAGUUCAAGCUCUUCUUGAUCGUCAUUUACCUAUUCCUCGUGCUGUCAUUACUAUGUCUCCGUGGACUGAUUUAUCAUUGUCCGGUGAGAGUUACAAACGUAAUCGAUUAACUGAUGUAAUGCUUCGCUUAGAAUAUAUUAGCUGGAGCGUCGAACGAGCUUUGGGUCCGAAUCAUGCUCAACUAGUACGAUAUAGUUCUUUUCACAGUCCUCUUUUCGGCUCAUUUCAAGGAUUUCCUCCUAUGUACAUCACAGUGGGUACAGCAGAAUUAUUAGAAGACGACUCGAGACAAGUGGCAGACAAAGCACAAAAUGCUGGUGUGGAUGUAACAUUGGAAGUCGGACUUUAUAUGAUGCACGUGCAUCCAAUUUUCUUUUCGUUUUGUCCUGAAGCAAGAAAUACACUUGAUAACAUUCGUCAAUGGGUUGAAGCAAAAUUUCAAGGAGAAAUAAACACCUAA